CCACUGUCCCCUAGCUCCUCCCUCUCUGUACCGUGUGACAACAACAACUCAUCCACAGAGCGGAGCUGCACUUUUCAGCUCAUUUUCCUCCUGUCAUUCCUCCUCCUAUCUUUGAUCAUUGUCCCGCCGCUUAGCCCCCCCCCAAAAAAAACCUCACUCUGCACGCCUUUUUUCGGCUGCUCUUUCUACUUCCCAACUUAUCUGAGGAGCUAAACUCUGGUGGAUUCUUUCAUUUAGGGGUGUCUCGGCAGGCUGGGUUUUCUACUUUGAACUUCGGCUACUCUCUUCCCCUCCUGUAGGUGACCAUGGCCGUACCGGCUGCUCUGAUCCCACCAACUCCUCUGGUUCCGCCGCCUUCGAUCUCCACUCCCUCCGCGACCACAUCCCCGCCGUCGACAACUUCAUCGCCGUCUCCAUCCCUGGCACCCCCAUCCGGACCCGCACAGAACCUGUUCAGAUCAGAGCUCCUCGCCACCAGCAGCCCGGGCAUCCCGGGCAUCCCGUCUGCGGCGCUUCCCCCCGGCAAACCCGUGUACUCGACCCCGUCGCCUGUUGAAAACAUACCGCAAAACAACGAGUGCAAGAUGGUCGAGCUGCGCGGUGCCAAAGUGGCCUCUUUCACCGUGGACGGCUGCGAGCUCAUCUGCCUUCCUCAGGCUUUCGACCUGUUCCUGAAGCACCUGGUCGGCGGACUGCACACGGUCUACACCAAGCUGAAGCGGCUGGAGAUCACGCCGGUGGUUUGCAAUGUGGAGCAGGUCCGCAUCCUCAGAGGGCUCGGCGCCAUCCAACCCGGGGUGAACCGCUGCAAACUCAUCUCCAGAAAAGACUUCGAGACACUCUACAACGACUGCACCAACGCGAGCUCCAGACCUGGCCGGCCCCCGAAGAGGACCCAGAGCGUGACAUCGCCCGAGAACCCCCACAUCAUGCCCCACUCGGUCCCUGGCCUCAUGUCCCCUGGCAUGAUCCCACCCACAGGCCUGACAGCGGCGGCGGCAGCAGCUGCCAACGCAGCCAUCGCAGAGGCCAUGAAGGUCAAGAAGAUCAAGCUGGAGGCGAUGAGCGGCUACCACAGCAAUGCCAACCACCAUGGGGGCGACGGGGAGAAUGGAGACCUUAGCUCCACUGUCGAUCCACAUACCGGCUUACCGCGCUGCUCCUAUGAGAUGCUAUCCGUUCCCUAUGCUUGUUUACAACGGGACAGAAGAGAGAGGAGAGAAGGCCCAUUUGCCGGAACUACAGCCGGUCUGUGGCUACAACCCCAGCAAGUGGCAGGCCUGGAACUCCCCUUCAUGAUGAUGCCACACCCCCUGAUCCCAGUCAGCCUGCCCCCUGCCUCUGUCACCAUGGCGAUGAGCCAGAUGAACCACCUCAGCACCAUCGCAAACAUGGCCGCCGCAGCACAGGGCCAGAGUCUGCCCUCCAGAAUGGUCACCUCCGUUAUAAAGGAACGUGUGCAGGACAGUCCCUCCCCUGCUCCCUCCUUAGAAGACCACAGGAGGCCGGGCAGUCACCCAUCGUCCCACCGCAGCAGCAGUGUGUCCAGCUCCCCGGCCCACACAGAAAGCUCCUCAGACAGGAUACGUACGUCUCCUUAUAAGCUCACACACAGAAAUGCCAUACACCACAAUGGCAUGUCUAUGAACCACGCCCUGCUAGGCCUGUCCCCCAACAUCCCCCCUGGGCCUAAAGAGGGAGACCUGGCCCACGACAUGAGCCAUGAAGUAAAGAGGAUGCAUACUGACAAAGAGGACAACUCGAUGUGCACCCCAACAGCAAGAGACAGCUACGAGAGGUUGUCAUUGGCCGGACAGGCUCUCCCGCCUGGCUUCCCCUCACCAUUCCUCUUCCCAGACGGCCUGUCAUCAAUAGAGACUCUGCUCACCAACAUACAGGGCCUGCUUAAAGUGGCGAUCGACAACGCGCGGGCUCAGGAGAAGCAGGUGCAGCUGGAGAAGACGGAGCUGAAGAUGGAGCUGUUCAGAGAGAGGGAGCUGAGGGAGACUCUGGAGAAGCAGCUCGCCAUGGAGCAGAAGAACAGAGCAAUCGUUCAGAAGCGUCUGAAGAAGGAGAAGAAGGCCAAGAGGAAACUCCAAGAAGCUCUGGAGUACGAGUCCAAGAGGAGAGAGCAGGUGGAGCAGACCCUGAAGCAGCCCUCGCCUUCUGACAGCAUGCGUUCCCUCAACGGUCAGACACUUCACCACUCUCUGACCCCUGAGAUGGAGAGUGACCGCAGCAGUGGAAGAACAGAUGCUGAAAGGACAAUACAAGAUGGAAGACUGUUCCUGAAAACCACAGUGAUGUACUGAUAAGGCCGCGAGGAGCUGGAGGAAAUACAAAUUUCAGAAAAAAAAAAAGGAGGUGAAAAAAAAGAAGACAAAAAAAACAAAAACCCCAAUGAAGAUUCUCCAGAGAAGCUCAUCCAGGCUGGUUUUUUUUUGUAAGAGGAGAAGCUGCUUGUAGGAGUUCGAUGGGAAAUGCUGUGUUCACCCAAAAUGCUGGAGGAGGUGUCUGAAUGUAGAAUAAGAAGUUGUUGUUUUUUCUCUCUCACAGCUCUAAAUAGUUUGAUGAAGCAGGUUUUUCGCCGUAGCGGGGUGUCCCAACGUGAAGGAGAAACAUAUUGAGCACAGUCAAAAACGUACCCGUGGUACACCGUCGGUCAUAAAUUUCACAGCACUGAAGAUUUUUAUACUGUAUCUCAGCCAGCGAGAAAAGCUUCCAAAACGAAAUUCGACUGAAGUUUUGUUUUGUAUUUCAAAUUGAAUUUUGAGGAGCUAAAAAAAAAAAAAAAAAAAAAAUGACACGGAGAUGAAAAAAAAAAAGAAGAGAGAAUUGAUCCUUGUGAUCAUCGAAAAGAGGAGACUGUUUUCAUGUUUUCUAAAUUAGAUGACAAUACAAUCAAGUUUCCUUUUUACCAUUUGUGUAUAUAUAUGAGAUCUGAUGAUAAUGAUAGGAGAAACUCCCUCUCCGUCGAGCCCGAGUGGAUCGAUGAGGAAUGUGUAUAUAACGUUAAGAGGUAUUGUGUAUGCAGUAGAGCUCUUAGGCAAACAAUACCACCAUUUAUAUAAACCUUACUGUUUUUGUUUUGUUCUAUUUCUGAGCCAUCAUUCUUUCCUAUAGCUGCCAUUUUCUUUUCUUUUUUUGGUGAGAAAGCAUGCAGGCAUGUAAAUGUUUGUCCUGGAAUUAUGAUAUUUAAUAAAAUCCUAUAUUGUGCUGAACAAAUACUAGGGUUUGACUCACUCGAGCCCGGAUGAUUUUGAAAACAUAACUAUCAAACAUUUCACUUUCAAAAUGAAGACUUUUGCUGUCAAUAGUACUGUAAUCUUUGUAACAGAGGUAAUAUUUCUUGGAUUUUACUGUACAUUUUUUGUCAUGACACACACACACACACACACAGACACACACACGCUCUCAAAAAUCAGCACCUCUCAAUGCUUUUUUAAGAAGAAGAAGAAGAAGAAAAACAAGACGUAUUAUGAUCACGUGUCAGCUUGAGAAACAAUCAGUCAUGACGACACAACUUUUUUGGAAACUGAAUGCCAUUUAAUCCCCGUUGAACCUACACAAACUUUUUUUUUUUUCUGUUUUUCUUCAAGUGUUUCAUGAUAUCCUGAUAAGAAGAAGAAGAAAAAAAAACUCAUACUAAGUUAUGAUCUUUCUGUUACUUUCCCUAAAGACUUUUUCGGUGCUGAAACACCUGUGUAUAUUCUCUAGACAUAAGCUGAUGUCAGUCCUUUAACUGAGAAACAGUUUAGCCCUUAUGUGUUACAAUCAGGAGAGGAGGAGGAGGAGGAGGAGGAGGAGUGUCCCAUGUUCACAAUGUGUUUGUUCUUUUUGUUCUCAAUGGAGUGUCUAGGUCUGUUGUCACUGAUAACUUAUAUAGCUUCUCAAAUCAUCUCUUCAUUGUACUUCAAAUUCAAAUAAAGUUAACAUGUUGAUGAUAA